AUGGGUGAUAUUCAUGGAACAAGAACAGCUGAAGAGUUCAUACCCCAUUCGAAUUGGUCAGAAGACUUGAUGGGCCAUUAUCUCUCUGUUCAUCUUCCUGGUUUCAAAAAUGAGGAGGUGAUGGUUGCACUAGCUUGCCCUGGCUACGUAACAAUCAGCGGAGAAAGGAAAGUGAAUGAUGACAGAUGCAUAUAUUUCGGGCAGGCCUUACAACUACCAGAGAAUUUAGAUAUGAACAAGAUAGGUCAAAAUUUUGAGGAUGAAAUUCUUUGUCUAACUUUCCCAAAGAGAGUAGAGGAAAAUAAUGAAAAUGAUAACCCUGCUACAGAAGAGAAUGCACAAGAAGAACUAAUCAAUGAUGAAAAUCAAAUAAAACAUGAUGGACAUGGCGAAGCAGAGAAUGAAGAACAGAGCAAGAAAACUGAUGGUGAUCAUGUUGUUAGUGUUCACAAAGAGAUUAGAACGAAGGGAAGUAAAUUGGAGAGAGGUAUCAAUUUGCUUAAGAACAAUAUGAUUCUUGCAGUUGUUUUAGCAUUUGCAUUGGGAGUGUUUGUGUCUCGAAGGUUUGAAUCAAAUGGACAAUAA